GGGACCGAGGCAGACAGAUAAAGCUCCGCCCACGGCCAAAGUUUCAGUCAGACGUGUUUUUUAAGAGCAGCUGUCAAAACUCAGUCGCUCCUGUCUAAAUUACUACACCGUGUUUGGAAAUAAACACAGCAACAUCAACAGCAGCAACAGCAAUCAUGCCGAGGCGAUCAACGCAGGAAUGGAUCCGCUUAUCUUUACGCACGCCGGGCAUCCUGAUCUUCGGGAUGGUUUUGGCUCCAUGCGGCUGGAUCCUGGACCUGACCGCCACUGUGGCCCCAAACUGGAGGACCCUCCACGACCUCCCCAACACCCCGUCCGAUGAGUUCAUCCAGCAGGGCAUUUGGGACAUCUGUAGGGCCACCUCAACCAAUACGAGAGCAGAGUGCGGGCUGACGGACACCACAUAUUUCGGCAACCAGAUCAUCGAGGUCGCCCAGGGUUUGAUGGUGGCCUCCCUCAUCGUAACUCUACUCGGGCUGGCUGUGGCCAUCCCAGGGGUCCGCUGCUGGAAAGACAGGCCCAACUGGACCAUAGCUGGCCUGGGUGGACUGUUGAUCUUCCUCUCGGGCGUCAUGACCAUCAUCCCCAUCGCCUGGUACACCCACAUCCUCGAAGAGGUCACAUCGGUGUCUCCUCUCAUAUCUGUGCGCGUCGGCUACUGCAUCAUCCUGGGCUACAUCGGCGGGAUCAUGGAGGUCCUGGCUGGCUUUGUCAUGUUCAUCGGGAUCUGCCGGUGUUGCGGAGGAAAGAACAGAGGGGAAAGGCGGAUUGAGGAGGUCACUGGUCCCCGGUUUAGCCACCAGAAGCAGCCACCGAGACGGGUCGAUGUGCCGAGCCUGAACCGGGCCAGGAGCAGCGCCAGCAGCAGCGUGCCAUAUUCAAAGGACUCCCUGGAUGAUGAUGUGUCCUUCCCAAGAGCCAAGACCCCCGCCCGGUCAGUCAACACCUCCUACAACGGCAGACCCUAUGAUGCAGACCUAUGAGAGACCCAUGCCCCACAUCUGGAGACACACAAGGAGAAGAGAACUCCACCCUUUGAAACCUGGAGCAACAUCACUUUUCUUGUGUUGCUUUCACAAGUAUUUAAGCCUAUGAACGCAAGCAAG